AUGGCAGAUAGCAAAUUAAAUUCAAUUAAUCAAAUAAUGGAUAUUGAUGGUUCGAUCUCUGUGAAUACAUUUUCGCAUCAUGUUCUAACUACUUAUCCAGAUGUUUUUCCAUGUAAAACUUUAAUUGAUGCAAUCAGAUAUAUUCUUUGUAAUAAUUCAUUCCAAGGAAGUAAUGCAACAUUAACUGAGGUUCAAGAGCAAAUCUUCGAAAUUAUUGAAAAGUUAAAUACACUUCCACAAAUAAUGUUCGAAUAUUUACGCAAACAUUUCGCAAAACAUUUUGAUAUUGAUCUAUACAUUAUUGCUUUUAUAAAUGAAAAAUUUUCUAUAAUCCAUGAUGAUAAUUAUGAUAAAGCAAAUAUAGCUUAUUUACAACUCAAUAAAGAUAAUACAGUUCAGGGACCUUUAUACAUCAAAAAAGUUAAUGAACCGUCAAAUGAUAUCCCUCAAAUACAAGAACAACAAGCUGUCCAUUGUAUGCAGGAACUUAUUGAAAAUUCAUCAAUGGAUGAUACAUCAAAUUUGCCAAAUCAAAUAGAUCUCUUAGAUGCUAAGAGUCAAUCUCGUAUUUUACUUGAUCAAAUGUUACAUCAAAUUUUUCAAUUAACUGAUGCACUUCCAAUAGAGGCUCAUAUAAUGAAUGAAACUUGUCAACAAUUCGAAAAUAUUCAAUUUAAUAUUCGCCAAUCUACAGUUCCAAGUCCUAUAAGAAGUCCAACGACCGAAAUUAAUAAUAUUCAUUUCAUCGAUAUUCAAACUGACUUACAAUAUCAAAUGAAUCAAAAGCGAUUGGAUGUUGAAAUUAUGUUAAAUCCUUUUGCACCAAAGAUGUACCAUUCACCAACAUUGUCUAAGCCAUUAAAAAAUACAUUUCACCCUCGAAACUUGAAAGAAUUUGCAAAGAGUAGAAGCUCCCCCAUACAGUGUAUUGACUCCAAACAACGUGAACCAUUAAACAUAGGAGUUCCUCCUGAUGAUGGUAAUUUACUAUAUCUCGCUACUGAACUACAUACUAUUUAUGGACAAACUCAUCGUGCGAAAAUUAUUGUUCCAGAUCAUACAAAGGCAGAAGAUGAAUCGUUAAUAAAUAAUAAUGAUCUGAGAUAGAAGUUGCGUAACGGAAAUUUUAAUCAAUCAUCCCUUGCUAUCUCUGACAAUGAUCCACAAGAUUCACCUCUUGAUUUAUCAAAAAAUAGCGAACGUUUCGAAUUUCGACGACCAAUGUCUAUUGAGGAGUCUUUAGAAUUACCUAAAGACUUGUGCGCUAAACACCAUCAUAUUUCUGAUAGACAAAUAUUAGCAAAUUAUACAUAUAAACAACCACAGAUUAUCACUGAACCAAAAUCAGAUUGGCAUUAUCGAAGUUUGAAAGAUUUAUUAAAAAAUCACAUCCCUCUUCUAUCUGGUGAAGGUCCUCAACGAACACCAAUCCGAGUACAAAUUCCUGAAAAAUCUAUGCGACCAAUGUAUCUCGCUAUUGCAGUCGUAACUCAAGAUCACAAAUUUCAUGAUUCUAAAGUAAUUGUACCACCAAAAACACAAAAAACUAUCAAUCGAUCUCGUGUAUCACAACCAAUCCGCAAUCAUAAAAAUCCAUUUUAUCAGUUAUCAAUAGACUUUGUAGACGACAGUAGUCCAGACAAUAAGAAUGAUGAUAGUGAUCAUGAUAUGGAUUGUUAA